ACAUCCGCCAACUCAGCGACCAAUCCCAGUUCACCAGUGAUUGGGCUUAUUGAGGAGGGUGCUGUGGAAUGAAUCACGGGUUAGGGGCUCAAAUAUUAUCUACUGGCCUGGCACAUAAAUGCAACUGCGACUGUGCACAUCUGUCGCUCAACUCUGCUGGUAGCACACUCGUUAAAUAGCAAAAGUGAUGAAUGAAACCGACAUCUUCAAGCUACACGACGAAAUAGUCAAAUAUUAUGUCGCUCUCCUUACUGUCCGAUCGGAAGCCGAUGCUCUCGGUCGACUCGGAGUCCCGCUGCCAUCGAAAUCAGCCCGUGAUAAAGGGAAGGCAAAAGCGACUGAACCCGAAGUCCCUCCAGUGAACAGGCUGCCUGCGGAGCUGCUCUCCGAGAUCAUGGUGCAAGCUCUCCCGGACGACCAAUUCAGAGAUUGGUACAAGACGCUGCUUUUCACUAGGGUGUGCAGCUACUGGCGGAUAGUUGCGCAGGAUACGCCUCAUCUCUGGUGCUCAAUCAACAUCGCCCCACGCCCGAACAACCUCAUGCAACUCAAGAUGAGGCACGUCAAUUUCUUCAUGCGAAUGUGGCUAGCGCGCUCGGAGCCGUACCCGAUCAGCGUAUCAUUGUCUCUCCCUUCCUCGUACCUCGACCGUGAAUUCACGCGCGAACGCGACCAGAGCUUGGAGUGCAUUCAGCUGCUGAGCGAGAACCUGUACCGAUGCAAGGCGCUCCGGCUGGCCGCGCCGUUCCAGGUGAUAUCGAUGCUCGCGGACGCGCCGCUCGAGUACCUGGCGGACCUGCGCCUGCUGAACGACACCCCGCGCGAUCCGAUGACGCUCAGCCUGCCGUCGCUCGCGGCGGCGCCUGCCCUGCGCACCGUCCAUCUCGCGCACGUCAGCCCCGCCUUCUCGCUGGACACGUUCGACUGCGUGCGGCUGACGGAGCUCUCCCUGGAGACGCGCGGGCCCGCCGUGCUCCGUUGCAUGGAACUGAUUGUGGAGUGCACGAAUCUAGAGACGCUUAAGCUGCACGUCGAGAAGGUCAGUAAGGAGGACUUCGAUGCGUGGCCCAACGCUGCCUUACGGAGGCCGCUCUUCGACAGCCUCGAGACCCUGCAGGUCACCGCGCGGAGGUGCGCGGAGGACUUCGGCAGGAUACUCAGCUGGCUUUAUAUCCCCGUCUUACGUCGCCUCAGGGUCGUCGGUAAUGGUGUGAGCUGGGCCCGCACACGCCACAUGAUACUGAGGGACGCAUGUCAGCUGCGGGAGGUCGAGGUGCACCAGGAUGAUUCCAAGUUCCGUUUCUUCCCCGAGGAGAGCGACCUGCUGGAGUUCCUCCGAUGCGUGCCCGAGCUGCGCGUGCUCAAGUUGGGCGGGACGCGCAGCGGGUACAAGGCGUUCACUGAGGACAUCGUCAAGGCCAUGACGUACAAACCAGAAGGCAACCUAAGCGAGUACCUGCUUCCGCAACUCGAAGUCAUGGACAUAUCCUACAUCACGCGGAGAUGUCAGGCGCAUUUCAUCGAGGAGAUGCUCGACUCUCGGCGUGAGGUCCCCGCAGAUGCCAGUGGACGGCUUUCGCGGAUCAAGAAUGCCGUGGUCGUCCAGCCCGCGCCUUGGAUGCCGAACCAUCAGAAGUGGAGGAUUGAAGAAGGCGGGGAGGUCCAGUAUCAACUGCGGCAGUAUUCGGGCAAUAUGGACUUGAAUCCGGACUUUUGCUGGUCAGACGGAUAUGACCACGUAUAG